ACACCCCAGAAACGGGCUGAAACGCCCCAGAAACGGGCUCACACCCCCAUGAAACGGGAUGAAACAUCACAGAAACGGGUUCAAGCACCCCAGAAACGGACUCUGACACCCGCGAAACGGGCUCACACCCCCCCAAAUGGGCUGAAACACCCUGAAAUAGCCUAA